CGGCUCUCGCCUUCUUCCAGCCCCUCAGGGCGGUUCCCCUCAGGGCGGUUCCCGCCUCCUUCCAGCCCCUCAGGACGGUUCCCGCUUCCCUCCAGCCCCUCAGGGCGGUUCCCGCCUCCUUCCAGCCCCUCAAGGCGGUUCCCCUCAGGGCGGUUCCCGCCUCCUUCCAGCCCCUCAAGGCGGUUCCCCUCAGGGCGGUUCCCGCCUCCUUCCAGCCCCUCAAGGCGGUUCCCCUCAGGGCGGUUCCCGCCUCCUUCCAGCCCCUCAGGGCGGUUCCCGCCUCCUUCCAGCCCCUCAGGGCGGUUCCCCUCAGGGCGGUUCCCGCCUCCUUCCAGCCCCUUAAGGCGGUUCCCGCCUCCUUCCAGCCCCUCAGGGCGGUUCCCGCCUCCUUCCAGCCCCUCAGGACCGUUCCCGCCCUCGGGUCCCCCAGGGCGGCUCUCGCCGCGAUGUUCCGCGGACGCCGCGCUUGGUUCUCGCAGAGUGUCAGCCCGGGCCCGCGGGGGCUGUGGGCAGACGGUGGCGGGACCAUCACCCACUGGCUGGAUGCUGACUACCUCUUCAGCAGCGAUGCUGCCCACCCUGACACCCGCAGCAUACACGAGAGUCUCAGUUACUUGGAGGGCAGAGCCACGGUCUUCCACUCCUGUUACCUCUCAGCGUGUGCAAGCACCGGAGCUGGGGAGAGGUCCUCGGUGGUUCUGGGCCACUUCGUCCUGCCCCCUGCCUGCCUGCACGAAGAAAUCAGAAGGAAAAUUGGUCGGUUUAUUUGGGAGAAGGCAGAUGCCCUUGAAGAACAGCCCAAAGAAAAUCCGACAGAGGAACCAGAAGCAGCAAGAAACAGCUGUGAGGAAGAACCAGAGGAAGAAGUGCUAGACCUGGCUGAGAGCAGUGAAGAUACAGACUCUGAAGCACCUGCCCAGGGAGAAUUUCCAUACCGUGCCCUCCAGGAAUACCCAAAAAAUAACAUGGUGACAGGCUAUCCCUCUGCACAGGACAUGAAGAAAUAUGAGGGGGAACUCCAUGACUUUAUCCCCGGCACCUCGGGCUAUGCAGCGUACUGGGUUCAAAGCAAAUUUAGCAUUUACUGUGAGAAGACCAAAAUGAAGAGGAAAUGGUAAGGAACAGGUGGCUGGAGCAGCAAAAACUUCAAUCUAAGAGCUACCAGAUGAUUUAUAUAAAUUAUCCGACUGCAGCUCAGAGCACUCAAUGUGUUAUUUAAGUACUGGCUGCAGUUAUAGUAUUUGCUUCUUUAAAUAACGACUUAAACUAAAUUUCACAAAAAACAUAAAUACAGACAUUUCU